AUUAAAACAUUCACCAGCAGACAAAUUUGUGAAGAGAGGAAAAAAAAAUGUCAGGAAGAGGAAAAGGAGGAAAAGGUUUGGGAAAGGGAGGAGCAAAGAGGCACAGAAAGGUGUUGAGAGAUAAUAUCCAGGGAAUCACUAAACCAGCUAUCAGAAGAUUAGCAAGAAGAGGUGGUGUUAAGCGUAUCAGUGGUUUGAUUUAUGAAGAGACUCGUGGUGUUCUUAAGAUCUUCUUGGAGAACGUGAUUCGGGAUGCUGUUACCUACACUGAACAUGCCAGGAGAAAGACUGUCACUGCUAUGGAUGUUGUCUAUGCUCUCAAGAGACAAGGAAGAACUCUCUACGGAUUUGGGGGUUAGGUUUUCUAUUAUGUGUUGUAAAGAAAUUAGGGUUUCAAUUUGCUAUUAUGGGUUUCUAGAGUAACUGAGGAUUAACUUGAUGGAUGUGAAGUGUUUUGAAUUUUAAUGAAAAUCAGUAGUCUACUUGUUUCUGUUUCAUUUCUUUGUCAGAUUCUAUUUAUGUGUUCUUACUGAUUCGAUUACAAUUAAACAUAAUGUUUUGUGUUUGCAUCUA